GUCUUCUUCGUUCAUCAUUGUCCAACCUCAAUCGCCCCCACAACUCUUCGCCUGAUUGCUUCCCUCCUCCGUGUAAGAGAUACCACCUCAAGCCACCAAUCGCCGCCCUCCGGGGCCUCAGACGACCACUGCAGAUUAGCUGCCCGCCGCAAGCGCAGAUCUGCCAGUGCCCGCACCGCAGCAACACCACCGCAGCAGCAGCAGCACCGGGUUGCGCAAUGGCACCCCCACCUCUUCGUCGCAACCUGCUCCCCAAAGACCGCUUCGCCUUCAACUUCGGGAGUCUGAAGACGCAAAAUUACCAUGAUCCCGUCGCGCGGGGGCCAGGAUCUCAUACAAUCCGGACCAUCGCCUGGAACCCGACGGGCCAGCUCGUCGCCACCGGAUCCGCCGACCGCACGCUUCGAAUCUGGAACCCCGAACGCUCGCAAGUCAAAUACUCGACCGAACUGCGCGGCCACACGGCCGGCAUCGAGAAGGUCGUGUUUAACCCCACGCGCGACUCGGAGCUGGCCAGCUGCUCGACGGACGGCACGGUGCGGUUCUGGGAUGUGCGGUCCAAGACGUGUGUGAGUCGGUUGGAUGUGGGCACGGAGGCGUUCACGUUGUCGUGGUCGGCGGAUGGGAGCACGAUGAUCGUGGGCAGGAAGGACGACACUCUCAUCCCGAUCUCAAUCGAAUCCCUCUCAACGCCGACCAUCCUCAGCGACACGCCCGCCUCAACCACGACCUCCAAACCCGCACACACCUCAACAAGCACCUACCGAACCCUCGAGCCGCACCCCCAACCGGUCCAAACAAACGCAACGACCUUCUCGCACCACAUCGCCAACCCAACAGCACCAGAGCUUCACCUCUUCGCAACAACAGGCGAAGGCACAGUCAAGAUCCUCUCGUACCCGAGUUUCGAGCCGCUGCACACGCUGCACGCGCACACGUCGGCGUGCCUGUCGAUCGCGCUGGCGCCGACGGGCCGGUACCUGGCUGUCGGGGGCAGCGACGCGCUGAUCUCGCUGUGGGACACGACGGACUGGAUCUGCCGGCGCACGGUGUCCAGUAGCAAUGGCGGCGCCGUGCGCGGCGUGAGCUGGAGCUUCGACGGCCGCUACCUCGUCGGCGCCUGCGACGAGGUCGGCUGCGGCGGCAACGGCCUCGAGGUCUUCCACGCUGAGACCGGCGAGAGUGUCUACACCGUCCCCGUCGCCGGCGGCGUCAACUCCGGUAUCCCUGCCGUCGCGUGGCAUCCCUCGCGCUACUGGUUGGCGUAUUCGACCACCGCGGAUGGGGGUGGGCAUGGUGGUUUGAAGAUCGUCGGUGCUGCUGGGGGGAAUCUGUAG